GUAUCUCUUAGCGAAACACGUUCUAUUUAAUUGCAUGAUUUUGAGCAGCAGUGCUCAUAGGAUAUACCAUAACAUGAAAGCAAUGUCUCAGAAGAAAAUUUAUAUAGCUGGCCCAGAGGUCUUUCUUUCAGAUGGUGGGACUGCCUAUUAUGAUAAGGUAAGGGAGUUGUUGAGUGCAAAACAGGUAAUCCCAAUGAUUUGUACCGAUAAUAAGAUCUCUGGGGCUCUGAACAUCCGUAACGCCAAUAUUGACAUGAUUAAAGAGUGUGAUGCUAUCAUUGCGGACCUUUCUCCUUUUCGCUCGCAUGAGCCUGAUUGUGGGACUGCCUUUGAAGUCGGAUAUGCCGCAGCUCGUGGGAAGCAGAUUCUUGUUUAUACUUCCGACCUCCGCAGUAUGACGGAGAAGUAUGGCGGCACGAAAGACGCCGACGGGCUUACCAUUGAAGAUUUCUCCCUUCCAUUCAAUUUGAUGCUGUACGAUGGGACUCCGAUAUUCGGUUCCUUUGAAGAGGCAUUUGAGUAUUUUUGCAAAACAUCGCUAUGAGUAUAUAAAUAAACUUUUGGGUUUCCUUUGCUAUUUGACAGGAAUUUCAAACUAUACUGUAUUUUUCAAGUGGUCAAAAGGGUCGAAUGCUGUCAUUGACAUGCAGAAAGCAUUAAGUUUUAAUAUAAUAAGAGUUAAACAAUUAUUAUAAAAAUUCAAUAGUGUUUUAUUUCUUUGAAGCGAUACCAGAAAUCUCUCUCAAUCAUGUGGAAGUAAGAUAAGAGAGCUGUCGUGUUUUACUGCAAAUCAAA